CGCCGUGUUCAAACCUCCCGCACCCCGGGCCCCUCCGCGCCCGCCCCGCAGCUUCCCCUAACCCCCGCAGCCGAGUCAGGCACCCCCCACCCCCUCCUUAGCCGACAGACGCCGAGGCCCCGCGGAGAGAAGGCAAGGCGGCGGGCGCCGCGUCGGCGCUGAGGAGGGGCCGGAGCGGGUUGGAGAGGAAAAAAGCAUAUCUUCUGUACAUAGAGAAAACAGAUUGUACAGACCUGAAUAUUAUCCCCAGGAUCUGAAGACGCAAAAUUGCUCUUCAGGCUUAUUUUGGAUUUUUCUGAGAAGACUCUGUGAAAUUAUGUGAAUAGAGACUAUUUUUCAAAGCCAUGGGGGAAAGAGAAAGAAGUCCAGCUACUGAUCGAGAAAGUAAGACAAGCAGACACGAUUACUGUUCAUCUGAAUUUGGAACUACUCCCCAGUCUUCUGGCCGGUCGUCGCUGGUGCAUCCCUCCCCACCUGCAAGUGUUAAGGGAAAACAUCCUAAGAAACAAAUUUCAGAGAGCCAAGUGCAUCAUCACGCCCUUAGGAAACCAAGCCCUAAGGGUUCACCAAACAGAAAGGGAGUCCAAGCAGGAUUUCGCUCCCAGAGCCUCAAUAGGGAGCCCCUUCGGAAAGAUCCUGAUCUUGUUACAAAACGGGUUCUUUAUGCAAGACUGCUAAAAAUCAAUGAAUUGCAGAACGAAGUAACUGAACUCCAGGUCAAGUUAGCCGAGCUGCUAAAAGAAAAUAAGGCUUUGAAAAGGCUUCAGUACAGGCAGGAGAAAGCCCUGAAUAAGUUUGAAGACACAGAAAAUGAAAUCUCUCAACUUAUUGCUCGUCAUAACAAUGAGAUUACAGCACUCAAAGACCGCUUAAGAAAAUCUCAAGAGAAAGAACGGGCAGCUGAAAAAAGGGUGAAAGAGACAGAAGGUGAACUGCUUAGGACAAAAGUUUCCUUACAGAAACUGAAAAAGAUCUCUGAAGCUAAACACCUACCUGAACGAGAUGAUUUAGCAAAGAAACUCUCUUCUGCAGAGUUAAAAUUAGAUGACACUGAGAGAAGAAUUAAGCAACUAUCAAGAAACCUUGAGCUAAGUAGUAACAGUUUCCAACGACAGUUGCUUGCUGAAAGGAAAAGGGCAUGUGAGGCUCAUGAUGAAAAUAAACUUCUUCAAAAAGAACUACAAGGACUAUAUGACAAAUUAAAGGAAAAGGAGAGAGAACUGGACAUAAAAAACAUAUAUUCUAAUCAUCUGCCAAAGACUUCUCCAAAGAAAGAAAAAGAAUUUACAUCAAGAAAAAAUGCUGCAUGCCAGAGUGAUUUUACAAACCAGUGUACAAAAGGAGUACAAACCAGUGAAGACUUCAAGCUGGAGGAAUAUCCUAUAACACCACAGACAGUUAUGUGUUAUGAAAACAAAAGGGAAGAACCCGAACGUCUUUCUUUGGAUCUGGAAUCACAAGAGAGAGAUAAUUUUGGAGAAGCUGGGAUCCUAAACCCAACUGUGGAAAGAGAAGACAAAUUUGCUAAAGAUCAAGGACUCCGUGUUGUGAAACAGGAUGUUGAGAAGCUGGAGAAUGGGUGGGAAAGAGAAGAACUUUCUAAAAAGCCAAAGGAAAAGACAUCUUUGUUGGAGAGACAAGGAAAGCCAGUGUUGGAAACUGGAAGAUACCAAGUGGAAAUGUACCAAGUUCAGAAAAUUGAUAAACUGGAAGAAGAGGAAGAAGAAAGGCUAAAGAGAGAAAUACUACUUGCUAAACUGAAUGAAAUCAACAGAGAACAAGACUCUCAGAAUGUAAAAUAUCCUUCUCUGCCAUUGCUUCCUGACUUGAAGCCAAAACUGCAUUCCCCAAAGAGAAACCCCAGAACACACAUGUCCUCCGGAUCCUCAGAGAGAUUAUUUAACGGGCAUCAUUUGCAAGACCUCAGUCUUUCAACAACGAAAGGAGAUGGUCAGAAUCCAGGCCACACUCGAAGCCCAGCCUCUCCAGAUGAGCUUGUGUUUGGUAGCUAUGUGCCUUCGUUUGCAAAAACAUCAGCGAGGUCAAAUCCAGUUAGCCAAAAAAGUGACCUUUUGGAUUUCUCAGGAAAUAAUACAGAGAAAUUUAGUAAAGACAGUAUAGAUUCAAUUACCAGACAAAAAAGAAAAGCCACCCUGAUGGAACAGCUGUUUGGUACCAGUGGUAGCAGCAGCCUUUCCUCUAAAAGCAGUGACCCAAAUUCUCUGGCUGCCACUAAAGAAGACUGUGACCCUCUAAAUUUUCUCCCUGGGGAUAAAAACAGCCGGGGUAGGGAACAUAGUGAUGAUGAUGACUUUUUCCUCAGCGAAGGAAGAAGUUUUAAUCCUAGUAGACACCGAUUAAGACAUGCAAACAGUAAACCAACAGUAAAAGUAGUUGAUUCUGCAGAAGAUGAAAUUGAAGAAGUAGUGCUGAGAUGACUGACUAGAAUGUUUUUUUCCAAUUGUAAUUAUUAGGAUAUUUUAAUACAGUAUUUAUUAUGAACAUUUAGGCUUUCUAAUAUUAAAAAGUCCUCAUUAGGGAUAAUUUUUAGUAUAUAAAUACAGUGAAAAGUAGCCGAUACCACUAGUAGCUACACACAUGUAGCUAGUUUGCCAAUAAGGAAGGAGGCUCUUUUGAAUGAAACCAGAAAUAGAGAUGUAUCUUACUUUCUUUGUCCAAAUAGAGAUGUAUCUCACUUCCUUUUUGCAAAUAGGUUUUACCUCUUGAAUCAACUCUAUGAGGAGUUUUACUCCAUUGGCAUACACAUUCAUGUUCUGUUUUAUUCCUAUUAUUAUUGAUCCUAUCCUCACCGAGCUAAGUACAGUUUUCCCGCUGAUGGUUGUGUGGAAAUGGAGAGAUGCUGUAGGGAGCUGGUGCUACUAGGAACCUCUCCACUGUGACUAAGAGUGAAGGGGGUCCCUUUCUUAUACGCCAAGACUGACCUACUCUUAAGUGGAAACAGUGACAACGUGGGAAUUUCCCAUUCUUCUGGAGGUAACCACAGUUAAAUGGUACUCAUUUCGCAGUGACAGAGUCUCAUACCACUUACCUACAGCUGUGCUAACUCAUUAGGCUGAAUUCAGAAGACGUCUUUCUGUUGGCACGAACGACGCCCUCCCUGUUCUGGCUUCCAGAGGCUCUGGUGCAGUGUAAUCGGUAAUUCCUCUCCUUGAACUCCUAAUGCUGUCUGUAUCUCAGUGACUGGUUGUGAGAGGUCAUACCAAAUGCACAGAAUGGAAGAAAUUUCACUCCACUGGAGCAAGAUUUGCAACUCAAUUAUGAUUCCAGAGUAACAUAACUUGGAAAUUUUAAUAUGUACUUUAAGAUUUGAACUUACUGUCAAACCAAAGAGACAAUGAUCAUGUGAUACUUUCAACAGAAACAUCUUCCACCCUACUCAGCAAAGGGAGGAGCUCCAUCUGUAAAGCACUUUUCACCAAGGCUGCUUUAAAACUAGUCCUCUUAAGUCCAGUGGUAUCACAUGAUCAUUGUCUGCAGCUGCAGAGGGGUCAGGGACCUUGGAUUAUGCUGGGCAUGAUUGGUCUCUAAGAAGCAGAAAUAUACCAGCGGCCUAGGAGAAAGCGCAGUGCAAAUGAAGAGUGGUGGGAACAAGUGUAUCAGGGCAAGAAUAAGUGGUGAUUGGCACUUGUUCUAAAAUGAACUGUUGUUUUCUAGAAUUUGCUACAUAUUUGUUCAUAGUAGGAUUUCUGAUGCCAGGCAUACACACUGAUCAGGGGAUUAGAGUUACUAUCUUGAGUUCUUAUAAAUGCUUAUUAUUGAAUAUAAUUUCAUAAUUAUCUGACAAGACUUACUGGUUAGGUCUCUAAUUACAAGAUGUACUACCUACAUCUUCUAAAUUGUGUUCCUGUUACUUACUAGGAACCGAAUCUCUCAAAAGUGCUAAACUAUAUCAAAUUUUUUUAUAAAGAGAUUUUUAGGUUGAUAUAAAUAAGCAUUUACUACAUUAUAAAUCAUUCUAAUAUAUGUAAACCACAAUAUUUUUGUAAUGCAGGUCUUGAUAAAAUAUUAUGUAAUGUUAAUGUUUUUCAUAGCUGCUAAUUUUUCAGCCAAAAGUAUUCUCAUUUUUAGGCUGUUUUUGUAUUAAAGGCUUUUUUCUUUGAAAAGUCCUUUAGUAAAGUUUUAAAUUCAGGUCAUUUUAAUUAGUCUCUUUUUUCUACUUGAUGUUUUCCAGUCUUUUUAACUAGAUGUAAUAAGGCAGAAUUGUUAAAAUUAAAUCUAAAAUUAAGUUAUAGACUUGAAGCAUUAUGGAGUUAAGCAUUAAAAUUGGAGAUUAAAGUGUACAGAACGAGUUUUUCUUUAUGAACAAACCUUAAUGGAUAACUUUUUUUUCUAAAUGUCAAGUUAAAUUUAUUUGUACUCCAAACUAUUGCUAAUAAAAAUUUAAAAUAU